GCUAAACGCCUUCCUCUCCCGUACACACCACCACCAUCCAUCCCCAUCCCCAUGUCCGACCAUCCAGAACAAGAUGCGGACGGCGGCGACGCCCUGCCGACGUACGACGACCUCGCAGAGAAGCACGGCCCAAACUCAAGGUCAUUCGGCCGCUGGAGGGGCUGGAUAGAGAAGAGAGCCGCCGAGAGGUACGCGGAUGUCACUCCGGACGAAUUCCGCCGCAGAGAGCGGCGCGGAUGGGGCGACGGCUCAGAUCCACCUCCCGCCGCCCAGCCGCCGCCUCCCAUCUUUCUCAACGAGCCACCGACCUCUGCGCCCUCCGCGUCUCAUCCCCCUCUCACCCUCCACACCGCGUUCGAGCCACUGCCAAGUCCUCCGCUAUAUCCCGAUGAAUACCUCUCGGACGACGCCCAGCCGCUCGUAGCCGAAUCCCUCGCCCCGACCCACCUCAGCCUCAACCAAUUCGGCUCUCGCUUCCUCUCGCACACACCCGCGCCGAUACGCGCCCUCCUCCCGCUGCUCGGCGACAAGCUACUACUGAUCGGACACGACAGGGGACUCUCCGUGCUCGACAUGUUUCCACGAGAGUGGACCGAUUACGGACUCCAGCAGAAGGGGCCUGGCGAGGCACAGGCUUAUCUCAUAUGGGAAGGAGAGGGCGUAUACCAGAUGUCCUUGCUCGAGGUCGAGGACACGGGAGAAGGCACCCCGCAGGGCGUCGUCCUAGCCCUAGUUGGACCCGAGGUCGACAGUCCCAAGGACCAAGAACCCCCUCGGACGCUUCGAAUGUACAACCUUUCCAGCCUGAUCAGUCUCGCCAAAUGGGCCAUGUCAGAGAAGGGUGCUCGUACCGUGGACCUGCGGCGGCCCUCGAACUGGCAUCCCCAACAGACGCCUGCAAAGCAGCACAAGUCGCGUGCUAGCCUCGCCAAGGGCCUCAAGUCUCUCAUGAUCGAUCCGCAACAGCACCCGGAACCGGGCACCUCCUACCACAACAUGAUGCCUUCUGCUAGCAGUUCUACGUCCGCCUACAACGCCGACAAAAAGCUUCCUUUACCUCCAGAACGCAACGGCUCGAGCGAUUCCUGGGAGGACGUCCAAGACCUUCCUUUACGUUGGGCGACAGACUUCGUGCCUCUCGCUUCAGCGGGCUCUCGGCUCCAGAACACAUCCGUCUUGUCGUACGAUCUCUGGCGCGACAGCCAGCAUUUCCGGGGUGCUGCGCUGCUGGCGGUGUCCACAAAGUCCAAUAUCCUGCUGUACGAGUCGCCGAAGGGCCAGCGGGCGUUCCGGUUUGUCAAGGUCAGUGGAACAAUCGAUUUCUACACGCCGAGCCUCCCGCGAAGUAUCACAUUUGUGCAACAGAACGUACAAGACACCAUGUCGCGAAGCCCGUCGGACGCCACGUCCUCGCGGCGCUCGUCGUCAUCGUCCAACUUCGGCAGCCAGCGCCACGCCUCCAUGAUGGUCAAGAACGUCGUGCACGGCAACCACCUCUCUCUCUUCGUCGUCUUCGACAAAAAGGCCGGCCUCAUCCGCCUCGCGGACUCUGCCGUCGGCGAGGUCGACCUCCACGACGACGGCCACUUCUCGCGCGACACGCUCUCGCCCGUCGCCGCGUCCGGCUCGCUCUCGAACCGCCGCUCGCGCGCGUCGUACGACGGAUUCGGGUUCACGAAGGAGAGCAAGGGCCUCUGGGCGCCGCCCGCCAAGUGCGACCUCCCCCUCGCCGUGGGCCGCCGCGAGCUCUCCCAGACGGUGUACAUCCUCACGCGCGGCAAGCAGUCGCACAUCGUCCCGUCCCCGCUCCCCGCGCACGUCGCCGCGCAGCCGCCGCUGCUCGUGCUCACGUGGCAGUCGCACCCGACGCACGUCGCCCCGCGCGUCGUGCGCGCGCGCGCCCCCGGCGCACGGCCGUACCUGCAGCUCGUCGCGUUCGGCGAGGACGGGCUGGAGGCGCAGGAGGUCUCGCUCGCGUUCCUCGCCGACGCGAAGCAGAAGGGCCGCGCGGAGGAGCCCGUGCGCUGCCAGACCGCGUUCGGCGGCGACACGGGCUUCCUGUGCGGCGGCGGGCACUGGCACCGGCCGUACGACGCGCCGCUGAGCCGCUCUUACUCCACGCGCAGCGCGGCGUCCACGGCGUCGUUCGACAGCUUGGACACGGAGGAGCUCAUGGCGCGGAUGCAUGCGGAAGAGGGGGUUUACGGGUGGCAGGACAGGGGAGGCGACGACUGGCGGAUUUUUUGGGUCGGUGGACCAUCGGGCAUGGACCGGGACACGAACUGAGGACUAACUGACGGUGACAUAGAUUAGUUGUAUGAAUACAAAUGUGCUACUAUCGGUUUACUUGUGCAGAGCGUUGGGGAUAACAGUGUUCGCGAGCGUCCGUGUUCAUUCAGAAAAAAAAGGCAGAAGCCAGGGGGGGGAAGACGAAAGCGAUGUCACGAGAGAAAAGAGGAAGAGCUUCUAGCUCAAUGGCGAAGCGGAGAACCAGGACAUACCGACAUGAACGAGAAGAUAGUUCCGAUCCACAACGAAACGAAAGCGUGUAUAUGAAGUAACUGAUAGUAAAAGAUGAGUACCCGGCGAGAAACAUCAUGCACCUUGAGUGUCCUUUCCUCUAAUCACUACAAAAGACUUCUGCGGCCCCGCCGGCUCGGACGCACCCGCCCCGGACUCCAUCUCGCUAGCGUCGGCCGCAAUCCGAGAGCUAGAAGCCAUGGGCUGCGAUACUCGGCGGUUCCGAACGACCACGAACGAGGUGCCUCCGCCUUCUGGGGCAGGCGCGAUACCCUCUCUGGACGGCCGCGUGCUAUCUCCAUCACUGUGACGCCGCGGCUUGCGCCGCUGGAACCAGUGCUUCUUCUUCGGCUGCGUGUAUUCGGAAACAUCGUCGUCCGUGAGGGGACUAACGACUUCGGGGUGAAUGGAUUGGCGGCGCGCAGGUCUGUCGACGUCCUGAGCCCGCGAGGAUGACGUGCCGGCAAGGACGGGGGUGUUUUCGAUGACGGCAGACUGCGACUUCUUCCGAACGUGGGGGGCCAUGGCGCCUGGGGGGAGCGUGCUGAAGGACCUUUCCGCGGUGUUCUUCAGGGGCGUGAACUGCGUCGAGUCCACAGAGUUACGUUGUGGGGUCGAGUUGCGUUCGACCGACGGGAACGUCUGGGUCGAUCCAGAGGCGAUGGCAUACGGCGAAUCGUAAUGCGCGCGUCCGCCUCCGACACGUGAAAAUCCAGACUUUGGGGGCUCCAGUGGAGGAGUUGAGACCUGGUCGUUGACUGCGCUGUAGCCUGGACGAGGGAAGGGUUGCCACGCGCCCAUGAUGUAUCCGUUUUCGUCGUCGCUCUCCUCCCGGUAUGGCCGGAGAGCGUGCUCCGGGCGUAGUACGGACGGUGGUCCUGAAGGAGUGGGGGUGGCGUCUUUACG